AUGUCAGAAAAACGCAAGACAGAGUCUGAGCCGAGAGACGGUGAUCACAACUUUUAUGCAAAACGCGCGCGACAACAAAUAUCAUACGAUGACCUAGACGACUCUGUGCAUUCGCGUCCAGUGGCCCGACCUGAACUAACGAGAAACGAGCUCGAAGACGACGUCGGGGACGCGUCCGAAAACGAAAUAAACCAAGAGACCAAUAGCAAAAAUGUUACAACAUCAAAUAAACAGAGUGGCCGUCAACGUUACAAUCAACAGCCCCGGGUAGAUCCCGCCUACGGGCAAAGAAGUGCCUUUCCUGGUCUGGAUGAUGCAGGCUCCGAUGAGCUUCUAUAUGGGCCGCCGGAGGAUGGUUUGGAAUAUCUACGCUUAGUUCGGUCGGAAGCAAAUUCCUUACCUGCACUAUUUGUUGCGCCGAAGCCCAAGACGGAACAAAAGGAAAUAAAACAAGCCAAUGAAGCACUGGAUCAACAUGGAACAACGAAAGAAGAAACCGAGCAAGUCCAAACAGAGACCGGUUACGUCGUCAUUGAUGGCGUGGUGAUAGCUACAUCCACCUCCAAAGAACCCACCGAACUUGACAUCGAAGAAAAGCGAGACGCUCAAUCAUCAUACUACAACCUAUUAAAGCAUCGCUUUAUUCUCCUCCGAACAACAUUACGAUGUUCCCCUCCCGCCACGACGAUCGCCGGUCUUGACGAAAGUCACCCCAUCACUCUCCCAUUCCAUGUCAAGGGUGCCCGAUUAGCAUGGACGCACUUGCUAUACACCACCGAGCCACAAAUGGCACAGUUAGCUUGUAUGGAUAUGGAAUCUACUCUCGGGGUUCUCCGGCUCUUGGGGACUGUGAUGAGCAAGUGCGUCAAGGAUAACGAUGCAUGUCAGUUACGACGUAUUGGUGCAUGGGCAUGGGGUUUGUUGGGUCGAUGUCGAGAUGUGGGCGAAUUAGGCAGCGAAGAGGUUGGUGAAUUGAGAGUGUUUGGGAGGAAGGCGCUUAAUAUCUUGAAGAAAGUGAAUAGAAACAAGAGCCUUUCUGCUGAAGGUGCUGACGCUUUGGAAUCUGAUAUAGAGGAUAAGGAGUCUAGUGACGACGAGGAAGAGAUGAUGACUGCAGUUGAGGGCUUGGAAUCAGCUGAAAUGCAGGAAAGUGAAGCCCUUGAGGCAGCAAAACUGCGCUUACAGUCUCGGUUUCUUGAACAAGAGAGCGAAGAAGAGGAAUAUGAAAGACGGAGAAGGAAUACUUCUUCUCCACCUGAAACAGCUAUGGGCGACGAGUUAGAGACAACGUCUACCCCGGAGAAUACCACCAAAGAGUCAUUGCCCACUAUCGCAGUGAGUGGAGAAGAGCAGUCUCGCAUUCUCCUGGAUAUGAUUAUUACCAUCGUGGGCGAGUUUUAUGGACAAAAGGACCUUUUACACCAAAGAGAUAUCUGGAAUUAG